AUGUCCGAACAAAUUCAACUGUUGAAGCAACAAAAAAUUUUGGAAAAUCCUUCGAAAAUCGAGCACAGCUUCAUUUCAAAGAUGUUUUUGGUAAAAAAGUCCUCCGGCGGAAGUCGUCCAAUUUUCGAUUUGAGAGAUUUGAACGAUCACGUUCAAGUAACAAAAUUCAGUCUCAUUUCGCAUUUCCAAAUUCCAAGAUUUUUACAGGACAACGACUGGAUGGUUGCAGAGAUCCUUCGUUCGCAAGGUGUAAGAGUGAUUGUCUACCUAGACGACUUCCUUCUGGCCUCUCAAAACAGAACCAAAUUGAUUUCGCAAAUACCCGAGGUCCUCAAAUUUUUGAGAUCACUGGGUUGGCUGAUCAAGCCGCAAAAAUGCGUUCUGGAGCCAUCUCAAGAGAUCGAAUUUCUCGGACUCGUUUGGAACACCAAGUUAAACCUUGUGCGUUUACCGAAAGACAAAAUCAUAAAAAUUUUGGAGACACUGGACCAAAUUUUAAUAGAAAAGAGCUGUACUCUCAAAGCACUUCAAAGUCUAUUGGGCACUCUCAAUUUUGCCAAUUUCGCUGUCCACAGAGGUCGACUUCAUUGCCGCAACUUACAACGUUUUCAAAAACAAUUUCGUCAGUCGAGACAACGAGAAAGGCGCGCCGUUCAUUUUCCUGCAAUAGCCGAACUCAGUUGGUGGAACAAUGCAGUUUACACCUCAACUCAACUUCACAAGGGUCCUGUCACAAACUUUCUUACAACGGAUGCUGCAGAUGCAGGUUGGGGAGCUCUACUAGACAACAGUCAUCUAUCGGGCUCGUGGACAAUGGCUCAGAUGUCUUGGCACUCGAACAAGAAAGAGUUGUUCGCAGUUUUUGCGGCAAUUCGACAAUUCUCGCGAAUUCUCCAGAACUCUCACAUUCUCGUUCAGUCGGACAACCGCACUCUCGUUGCAUACAUCAACAAGGAAGGUGGUACUCGCUCGAUAGAACUUCUCAAUUUGACGUAUCAACUGCUCGAAAUUGUCGAUUCACUAAAUGUGACACUGACAGCAGCAUAUCUACCAGGCAAGUACAACGGUAUCGCGGAUCGUCUAUCCAGGAAAAAGUCGUUCCCCGAGUGGCAUCUAUUACCGGAGGCAACAAACAAGAUUUUUAAUCGGUGGGGCACUCCGGAGGUCGAUCUGCUUGCAUCAACGAGAUCAGCGGUGGUGGAUCGAUAUGUAACAAUCGACUCGACAGACAGUCAAGCCCUUUUCAUCGACGCUUUCAGCAAAAUUUGGCAGUUCAAGUUGGCUUGGGUCUUUCCACCUCCGAGUCUGAUUCCCAGAGUCCUGGCGCACCUAAACAAGUGUCAAGGUCAGUAUGUGAUAAUUGCACCCAAGUGGAGUCAGACAUUUUGGAUGUCGGAUCUAGAGAAUCGGAGCACUCAACCACCGAUAGAGAUCACGGAAUUGAGUCGGUUAUUGAUCGAUCUAUCGACAGGUCAUCCACCGAGCCAAGUAGAUCAACUUACUUUGCAAGCGUGGAUAGUUGGAUGUGGUCAAGAUUAA